AUGAUGUCAGUGGAUACAGACAUAAACAUCAGUGUCGACAAUGAUGAGGUUCCUGCCGAACGUGUGGUUCUGCACGACGAAGGGGACCAUUCGCAGGCAGAUGGGCAGUACAAAGAAACGGGCAGUUCUCAAGCAGAUGUGCCGGAUGCAGAUGUUGGGCAGGUCGAGAAGAUUCAGGGUGCCCUGGCUGACUUUAUUGGCAAGCUCAAGCUUACAAGUUCCGACAUGCUGCGGACGACGGCGGCACAUCGGGCGCUGUGGCGCUUCGGGCGGCCGCUCCGCGACCCGGAGUUCUCCCGGCAGCUCUAUGGAUGGAGCGAUGUGACAAAGCGUGUCGCGCAGUUCUGGAGCCAUUCUUGGCAUGGAUCGGUCGUGGCGAAGCUACUACUGCUGCAGGUCAUGUACAAUGGCUUGCCGGCUGUUUUGGUUGGCAGCGCAUUUGUGGCGAUCACGCUGCUGCUGCUGCUGCACGUGUGUGCUCUUCCAUGCAGCAUCGAACGGAAUGGGCAGUCAGCCAUUGCUGUUAGUGUCGGUUUGCUUGCCAGCUCUUUGACCUUCUUCCUUUGGCGGUCCGGGCAGCGGAUCUUCUUGGACAGGAUUUGUAUCCACCAGACAGAUGAGAAGCUCAAAAUGAUGGGCUUGCUGAAUGUCGGAGCAGUGCUGAAGAAAUCUGAUUCCCUGCUAGUUUGCUUCGACGACACCUACAUCCGGAGGCUUUGGUGCGUGCUAGAGAUCUCUGCGUACUUGAAAAGCAACGGCCAAGAAGGGAUCAACAUCAAGCCAACCAGCUGGGGUGUGAGUAUCGUUAUCUUAUUCUUAUCAGCAAACGGCAUCUUUCUCGGUGCCGCGGGUGUGGGUGCGAUUCUCAGACAUUCGGCUGGCGUGACGACUAUUCUGGGUGAUGGACAACGGCUGGGCUUCUUGCUUUGGGCGAUACUUGGCAGCAUAGCCCUGCCUGGUUCCUUGAUCACCUUCUCAUUGGUGAGCCGCUCCUUGCGUGCCCACUUCCGGGCAGUGGAUCACAUUCUCAAGCAGCUGGAAACUUUCUCCGUCAAGGAAGACACCGUCUCCCACUGCUGCACUAUAAAUCACCUCGACCGCCGAACUGGCACGGCCAUUCCAUGUGAUCGCAAGAUUCUUGAGAAGUGCCUUGAGUUGUGGUUCGGCUCGGUGCAAGCCUUCGACGAGUUCAUUCAGAACGAGCUGUCAGUGGUUUUCAGGAAGCUCACAACCAGCACCCUCCCCUACACGUGGGUUGUGGCUGCCGGAAGCCCUCUCCUUUGGUUCUAUGCCGGGACAGCAACCUAUCAUCUGCGGACAGAGAACUACAAGGCCGCAGCUCGGAUGCUCUUCUACAUUCCUUCUUGGUGGUUGGCGAUCGCCCCGACAUACCUCCAGCUUUUCGUGUGUGUCGCUCGCCGUGUUCGGCGACAGCGCCAGAGUCCAUGCCAGGAGGUGCUGGUCAAUUUGGGCUGCUCCAUGUACGGCGGGCUCAUCUACUUCGUGAUUGCUUUCUUCGAAGGAUUUUGGUACGCAAUGUUUGGAACGGAUGUGCCCUCGAUGGCAGCGUUCACGGUGGUUGUGAUGGCGAUCUGUGCUCUCAUUCGCUGCAUGCCAUGCGGGCCAAAGCACAGGGCAUAA